CCUCCAUCAUGUUCCUCACCUCCGGAGAUGCGAUCUCCUCCAUCAUGUUCCUCUCCUCCGGAGGCUCGACCUCCUCCAUCAUGUUCCUCACCGCCGUAGGCUUGACCUCCUCCAUCAUGUUCCUCACCUCCGGAGGCUCGACCUCCUCCAUCAUGUUCCUCACCUCCGGAGGCUCGACCUCCUCCAUCAUGUUCCUCACCUCCGGAGGCUCAACCUCCUCCAUC